AUGGCUGCGGACUCGGAGGUGCUGCACUUCCAGUUCGAGCAGCAGGGGGAUGCGGUGCUGCAGAAGAUGAACCUCCUGCGGCAGCAGAACCUCUUCUGCGACGUCUCCAUUUACAUCAACGACACCGAGUUCCAGGGGCACAAGGUGAUCUUCGCCGCCUGCUCCACCUUCAUGAGGGAUCAGUUUCUGCUCAAUCAGUCCAAGCAGGUGCGGAUCACCAUCCUGCAGAGCGCCGAGGUGGGCAGGAAGCUGCUGCUGUCGUGUUACACGGGCGCUCUGGAAGUCAAAAAGAAGGAGCUGCUGAAAUACCUCACCGCCGCGAGUUAUCUCCAGAUGGUUCACAUUGUGGAGAAGUGUACCGAAGCUUUGUCAAAAUACUUGGAAAUCGAUGCUUCCAUGGAGAACGGUAGUCAGGCUGCAGAGAGGUGUCAUUCCUCAGAUGCUGAACUGAGAAAUGGUGAUGAUGCUUUAGAUAAAGAUUGUGAAAUAAUUGAGAUCUCUGAAGACAGCCCAGUGAACGCAGAAUACCCCGUGAAACAGGAGAAGGGGGACAUCCCACGGCCUGCAGAGCAGAGCUUGAUCUCGGAAAGAAAGGACACACAAACCCCAGAAAUAUCAACAGUUGAAAUCGGAUAUAAGGACGAUGAAAUCUGUAUCUUCAGAAUGGAUUCUGUGAACGUAGCAAACGUAGAAAAUGAUCAUUUUCCUCAGCCUUGCACAUCGUCUAAAACAAACUUAUAUUUUCCAGAAACCCAGCACUCCUUGAUAAAUUCUACAGUUGAAAGCAGAAAUACAGAAAUGUCAGGAAACCACUUUCAGGCUUUGGUCAGUGACAAUCCAGAAGGAACUUCUAGCCUGAUGAAUGGGUUCCAGAGCCUGGAUGAUUCGGGCAAUUCAUGGCGGCACCAAUGUCCGAAGUGUCCAAGGGGAUUUCUGCAUCUUGAGAACUAUCUCAGACAUCUAAAAAUGCACAAACUCUUCUUGUGUUUGCAGUGCGGCAAAACAUUUACACAAAAAAAGAAUCUCAACAGACAUAUCCGGGGGCACAUGGGCAUCCGCCCCUUCCAGUGCAUGGUGUGCCUGAAAACCUUCACUGCCAAAAGUACGCUUCAGGAUCACCUCAAUAUACACAGCGGUGACAGGCCCUACAAGUGUCAUUGUUGCGACAUGGACUUUAAACACAAGUCUGCUCUUAAAAAGCAUUUAACUUCUGUUCAUGGAAGGAGUAGCAGCGAAAAACCAAACCUGAACGCUAUUACAAAAGUUAAAAUAGACUAUGAUUAA